GUAUGGGUUAUUGAGCAUGGUGGAUUCAAGAAGGGACCAAUUGUUAAUACUACAGCAAUUAUUGAAUUGACUUGUACUCAAACAAAAGAAUGGUCUAUUUCUUUCAUCACCCUAAGAGAAACUAAAGGAAAGAAAAAGAGAAUGGGAGGAGCUGAAGACUACAAGACAGAAUCGCUCAGCACGUAGGACACAGUUGAAUUAUGAACACAAGGAGAUCCUGGAUAGCCGGAAGGUCAAGGAGCAUGUUCAAUUGAAGCUGCAUCAGGAGCUAAAAGAGACUAGAAUCCAGCUACAAGAGAAAGAGAAGGAGCUUCAAGCGGUGCAAGAGGAGCUUUCAACAAUCAGUCAGGCCCAGGAGAAGGAGUUCCAAAAAAGAGAGAGGGAUAUGUGAUUAGAGUUUGCAGAAACAGAGCUACAGCUCCAGAUGAUAAAAGUCCAACUAUCGGAGGCAAAGCAGCAAGCAAAUGUUGUUCAGUUUCAAUUGCAAGAGAAGGAAAAGGAGCUCUCAACAGCUCAGCUACAGCUUUCAGAGGCAAUGGAGGAACUCAAUGGACUAAGGAGAGAGCUAGAAGAGAAGGAAAAUAUUGAGAGAGAAAAGGAGAAACAGCGUAAGGAGGAGGAUUUUUUCUGGUUUGUGAGGAAAGAGGACAUCGUAAUGAUAGAGAAGGUUCUUGGUAGAGGUGGUUGGGGUGAAGUUAGGGUUGCUUUAUUCCAAGGGCUGAAAGUUGCUGCUAAGGUUCUUCACGAAACCAUCAUUUCUGAAUAUAAUCUUUCGAUAUUUUCACGGGAAAUGGAGAUUGCUGCUAAAGUCCGUCAUCGAUUUGGUCAUCAUGUCAGUAAUCCUGAUUAUUGUCUUAAUUGUCCUGAGGGGAUUGACUUUGACUGCAAUGGACUCUUAUACAUUUGUGACUAUUUUAACAAAAGAAUAGUAGUAUACUAGCAUUGUUGUUGUUUUUGCAGAUCAUGUUUGUGGUUUAAACUGGUAUUUUUUAA